AGUACGAUUGGAGGGUUAGAGACAGCAACAAGCAGAGGAACUAACAGCACCGUUCUUUGGAAAGAAAGAAGAAAAGGUUAUAACCAUGAAAAGCAUCCACUCCCUGGCUGGUAUCCUUCUGGUUCUCGGCUUUGUCCAGAGCAGCUGGCAGUUUCCUCUGCAGGAGGCUGAUGACAGCUUAAGCUUUGAGGCAGACGACACAUUAGUGGAUGAGCCGAGGGAGCUGUCGAACAUGAAGAGGCAUUCGGAGGGAACUUUCUCAAAUGACUACAGCAAAUACCUGGAGGACAUGAAGGCGCAGGACUUCGUUCGGUGGCUGAUGAACAACAAGAGGAGCGGUGCUGAAGAAAAGCGCCACGCAGAUGGGACCUUCACCAGCGACGUGAGCUCUUAUCUCAAGGACCAGGCAAUCAAAGACUUUGUUAACCGGCUCAAGUCUGGACAAGUCAGAAGAGAAUCUGAAACGGACAGGCGCGGUGAGGCGUUCAGCAAGAGGCAUGUAGAUGGAAGCUUCACCAGUGAUGUGAACAAGGUGCUGGACUCGAUGGCUGCCAAGGAAUAUUUACACUGGGUCAUGACCUCCAAGCCUUCAGGGUGGAGUAAGAAAAGACAAGAGGACCAAUAAGACACUCCUCAAGGACUCCCUCUGUGUGCUGCACACAAAGCCAUAUACAGGAGGAAUAGAAAGCCAUACUGCUUUGCAUGUUGUAACGUCAACACUAUUUUAAAUUUGUAAGUCUUUUUUACUUACUGUAUGUGAUGCAAAGAUACAAAAACUACUACUCUUCCAUAGUUUUUAUGGUGCAACCAGAGAGAAGAAAUGAAAUUGAUGGCAUAUUUUUUCUACAAAUUUAAAUUAUUUUCUAUAUUUUUAAAGUGAAAACAAGAACACAAAAAGUGAAAUCUCAGGUAGGCCUUUAAAAAAA